AUGGGUGUUGGGUUAACGGAGUUUUUAUCGAUAGAACUAGCUACGGAGCAUCCUCAGGUGAUACCAAUAUCUGUGUUCAUCGCCAUCCUCUGCCUCUGUUUCGUUAUUGGCCACUUACUUGAAGAGAAUCGUUGGGUUAAUGAAUCCAUUACAGCCAUUUUAGUUGGAGCUGCGUCAGGAACAGUUAUAUUACUUAUUAGUAAAGGAAAGAGUUCACACAUUUUAGUGUUUGAUGAAGAGCUUUUCUUCAUUUACCUUCUCCCUCCAAUCAUUUUCAAUGCCGGAUUCCAAGUCAGGAAAAAGAAGUUUUUUCACAACUUUUUAACCAUCAUGUCGUUUGGUGUGAUUGGUGUUUUCAUCUCAACUACCAUUAUUUCGUUUGGCACUUGGUGGCUGUUUCCCAAGUUGGGAUUUGAAGGAUUAACUGCUCGAGACUAUCUUGCUAUCGGAACGAUUUUCUCCUCAACUGAUACUGUUUGCACUCUACAGAUUCUCCAUCAAGAUGAGACUCCAUUACUAUACAGCUUAGUCUUUGGAGAAGGAGUUGUGAAUGACGCAACCUCAGUUGUACUCUUCAACGCCGUUCAAAAGAUUCAUUUUGAAAGCAUCAACGGUUUGACGGCUCUACGAGUAUUUGGAAACUUUUUGUACCUCUUCGCCACAAGCACAGUCCUCGGAAUCGGUGUGGGGCUAGUAACGUCUUUUGUCCUUAAAGCUCUGUAUUUUGGAAGACACUCAACCACACGUGAGCUCGCGAUCAUGGUCUUAAUGGCUUACCUUUCAUAUAUGUUGGCUGAGCUCUUCUCGUUAAGUGGGAUUCUCACUGUUUUCUUCUGUGGGGUUUUGAUGUCUCACUAUGCAUCAUAUAACGUGACAGAGAGUUCAAGAAUCACUUCCAGGCAAUUGCACGUAUUUGCGAUGCUUUCUUUUAUUGCCGAGACAUUCAUAUUUCUAUAUGUUGGGACAGAUGCUCUUGAUUUUACCAAGUGGAAGACAAGCAGCUUAAGUGUUGCGGGUACUUUGGAAGUCUCCAGUGUCAUAACCGCAUUAGUAUUGCUCGGACGAGCCGCGUUUGUGUUUCCACUCUCGGUCUUGACUAAUUUUAUGAAUAGAAACACUCAAAGAAGCGAGACUAUCACAUUCAAGCACCAGGUGAUUAUUUGGUGGGCGGGGCUAAUGCGAGGUGCUGUCUCAAUUGCUCUGGCUUUCAAGCAGUUCACAUUCUCGGGUGUUACAUUGGAUCCUCUAAAUGCUGCCAUGGUCACCAACACCACCAUCGUUGUCCUCUUUACUACACUGGUCUUUGGUUUCCUAACAAAGCCACUUGUGAACUAUCUUCUUCCUCACGAUGAAAGUCACAACACUGGUAAUAGAGAUAAACAGUCAGCGCCAGGUUCCCCUAAGGAAGAUGCGACGCUUCCUCUUCUCUCCUUUGACGAGUCUACCUCUACUAACUUAAGCAGAGCUAAAGAUAGUCUCACCCUUCUGAUCGAACAACCUGUUUACACCAUCCACCGCUACUGGAGAAAGUUUGAUGAUACUUACAUGAGGCCUGUCUUUGGUGGACCUCGUCCAGCAAAUCAACCAGAAUGCUAGUUUAUGGUUUGAGUUGUCAGCACUCAGCAGGGAAGGCAUGAUGAGUUGAUGUUUUUGAGUUUUCAAGAGAGUAUGUAGUGAGAAACCAGUUUUUUAUAUCGUUUUCUUUAAUGUGUAUACAAUGGUUCUUCUAUAUACACACAAGGUGGUCAAAGAUCGUUACAAG